CCUUCAUUUCAUUUUCACCUAAUUCGCACCCACAGGAGCUAAAACCCUUGGUCAUUUCAGCUUUUAAUCGUCAGUUUUACGGGAGCUCUGCAGCCGUCGAGCAAUCAUGGUGAAACGGCGUCGCGAAGAAACCGAACCUGAGACGUUGUACAACACCGUUUUUGUGGAUACCAACCUUGAUACCCACUUGGCUUUAAUUGUCUCCUACUCCGAUUAUGUCUCUGAUCUCAAAGAAAAGAUUGUAUUUGAACAUUUAAGGUGCUUUCCUGAGAAGAGGGAGUUGAAAAUUUCUUCUGUGAAGGUGAAACGGAAAGGACAUUAUUAUCACCUGCCUGAUAGUAUGCUUGUCACUAGUGUUUUUGAGGGUAUCAAAAAGGGUUGGUUCCUUUCUGUUGAUGCUUCUAGCUGUGACCAAGGGUUACUUCGCAUCACAUAUCUGCAAACUGGUGCUGACUAUCUUCUCCCUAGUGAUUCGUUCAAAGCAAUGGCUAAACAGGAGGUUUUUGAUACUAAUGAACCUGACCCAGCUCACGGAAACUUGGCAUCAAGCUCCAUUGUGAAACAUAAGGACGUCGCCAAGGCCGUUGGUGAAUUCAAGAGUGUGAAGCCCAUGGAUGUAUCACAGGAACUUUCUUGUAGAGCUGGUCCUGUGGCAAAGAAGCGUAAAAUGAAGCACACAGAAGAUAUGGUCAACCACCUGGUAACAGAUACCCACGCUUCAAAGCAUGGCAUAGGUAAUGAUGAUUCUGAUUAUAAGAUUGUUGGAAAUGAUACUACGACAAAUUGUAAUGAAGGACAACGGGUGACUAUAAACAUGAAACUGAAAGAUGCUAGUGCUGAACCUUUAAGAAACCAACCUUCUGAUCCCAGUAAGAUGCCAAAAUUGGGAAAGAAGAAAUGUAGGAUGGGUGGGUCAAGUGCUGAAAUCUCUGGUGUGCAGGUUGAGCAAUGUGGAAAUAGGAACAAUGAUACACUUGAUGAAACAUCGCAGUCUGGGACCAUUGAAAAUAAAGUGAAAAAAUUGGGUAGCAAGGAAAGCAAUCAAGGUCCCACCGAGUUCAAUCAUAGGGAUGUCUUGAAGGUCGCAAUUCCAGAGAACUCCACAGCACAUAGACCAAUAAAAUCAGCUUUAGCAGAAGCAUUGGGAGACCAAUCUGUGGGAACAGAUACAGCCCAUAAGAAGAGCAAAAAGAAGAAGGGAAAGGACUCAUCCAUGUGCCAUGAUGAGGUUGCCUGUAUGGUUCUGAGUUCCGAUGAAAAACUUGAGGGGAAUAGGAGGUUAGAGCAAAAUGAAGGAGUUGAAAUGAAGAUCUCUGACAAGUUGACUGAUGUUGACUCUACUAUUCAUGUUACUCAAUCUGGACUGCAAGAAACAUCUCCAGUUAAAAAUCAUACUUCAGACAAAGAGUGUCCAGCACCAGUCAGCAAGGAGUUCUAUGAAAUGAAUUCAGUUGGCCGACCUAUGUGUGAAUCUAUUCUCUCAGGAGAUAAUGAACCUAGAACUGACGGUGCUAAUACAACUGGAGAACAAGAGGAGCUGACAUCGAACUGUGAUUUUGAAAUGCGAAUGAGUGAGAAGUUGGGCGAUGCAAGUACCAAGGAUCCAGUGUCUUCCUUCCAGUUGGCAGAUUCACAAGGAGCCGUAGAGAACAGAAUUGGGAGGAAGAAAAGCAAGGCCAAGAAGUCAACUCGUCGUCAUGAGUUAGAUAUGAAAAAUAUUGCUGAGGCUUCUAAAAAUACUAGUGCAUCUGAGCAAGAUAUAAUCUGCCAUGAUGGUUCUAUUGAUGCAACUACAGAGGCUGGUGGAAGUAUUGUGACAAAAACUGAUGUAGAUCAUAUAAACGAAAUAGGGAAAAGAGGCAAGUUGUCAGUUACUCAAGGUGCUGAGACCUCCCUUCCUUCAGAUAAUAAUAAAGCAACUGGGGAAACUAAAGAACAAUUUCUCUCAGCUGAAAAGUCAUUGGAUGACAAGGGGAACAUUGAAUCUGGAAAUGCAAGCAGCACGAAGCGGAAGAAAAAUAGCAGGAAAUCUGCUGAAAAGAUUCCUGAUAAAUUAGACGGAGAGGAUGAUAGUAGGGUGAACUGCCCCUCUGUAGCUUCAGGGAUUGGGCCUAUAGCUGAUCCUGUAACUGAGCAGAGUAAGAAAGUUGAAAUUUCGUCUGAUGCUGGAAAGCUGCAGAUUAGUCUAGAUACAGAGGUGAAAGGGUUGUCUCAUAACAAGGAUCUCAUGCAAGUUCAAUCUGCAACAUGCAAAUCUUCAGAUCAUGCCAAAGCAGACAUGACCAUUAAGGAAGUGGAAACUGCCUCUGCAGCUCCAUCUGAUGUGAAGGUUGCUGAAGGACAUGAAAACUCUGGUCGAAGUAAGAAAAAGAAGACAAAAAAGGAGGUUGCCACCAGUAAUAUUGAUGUUUCAUGUGCCCCUUCGGCAAUGCACGAUCCUUCUGCUAACCAUUUUGUUCAAGGGUCUAAUCAAGAUAAAGAUGCAUUGCCCGCCACCGAAAGAAAGGUAGCUUCAGAACAAGAGUCAAAGAUUGCCUAUGCUGAGAAGACAACCCUCAUUGAUGCAGAGCUUCUUCCUGUUGAGGAGAAGGAAAAUGAGGUUGAGCAUUUGCUGCGCAACCAAACUGAUAAAAAUCAGGAGAUUGUAAGCCUUGUAGAAAAGAAACUGAAAACCAAAACUAAAACCAAAAAGAGCCAAAGUUCUAAGAAGAGCAAAUCCGAUUUGGCUAUUCAAGACCAGGAAGUCAGUCACAAAGAAUUAGCAGCGUCUUCAGAACAAGAGUCAAAGAUUGCCUAUGUUGCAGGUUCUCAUCAACAUGAUGAGAAGACAACCCUCAUUGAUGCAGAGCUUCUUCCUGUUGAGGAGAAGGAAAAUGAGGUUGAGCAUUUGCUGCGCAACCAAACUGAUAAAAAUCAGGAGAUUGUAAGCCUUGUAGAAAAGAAACUGAAAACCAAAACUAAAACCAAAAAGAGCCAAAGUUCUAAGAAGAACAAAUCCGAUUUGGCUAUUCAAGACCAGGAAGUCAGUCACAAAGAAUUAGCAGCGUCAAAUGAUAAUCCGAGAGACGUGAGCCCUCUGCCAGAGCCAAUGGAGAUGGAUGAGUCAGGUAAAAAUAGUAAUGUUGAUCAGUUGGAUAUUACCAAGUUGGAAAAUCAGAGAAAUCCUGGUACUGAUUCCAAUUCAAAGAGUUCUGGUAAAGAGCUAAGGAAUGCUAACUCUUUUCGUGUGCCAUCUCAUCCUUUAGCCAAGGGUACGUUAGAGGAGACGCACGCGCCUGAAGUUAAUACUGAUAAAAGCGAGAGCAUAAACUUCAAGAAAUAUUUUAUUCCUGGUCAACAACAGGGUGAAGUUGCAUCAAAGAAACCAACGAAAUCAAACAGACACACAAAAGCUGGCAGGAAAUCAAAGAAGGAUGGAGUGACUUCUGGGGGCACUUCGGAAGAUAUCUUGAACUCAAGAACUGAGGUGACAGUUCCAAGUCACUCAAGUGUUCAGGGAGAUAAAACUCUUGAAGACACUGGAAAGCUUGCAACUUUUGAUGCUCCUGCUUCCGAAAAGGAUAGUAAAGAACCUAUGGAUGAAUCUAUGUCCAGCUCAAGCUCAAGAGGUUCUGAUAGAUUCCCCGAGAACAGAAGACAGCAAACAGGUUCAGAAAUCCAAAGUUUGGCUACCAAAAAUACAAAAAUGAGAACUGGAGACCUCGAGGAUUGUACACCAAAGAGAGGAGUGCUUCCUACAUCAGGGCCUAAAUUUGGGGAUAUUAGAUCGAGAAGGUCUGACUGUAAGGGGGGUGGAAAUUCUGAUUCUGCAACUGAGACUCCAUCUGAUUAUUCAUCCUCUUCUGGCUACUCAGUUGAAGGAAGUGAAAUAAGUCAGGCUUCAACUCCAAAUGGAGCUAAUGUUGCAAAACAUGAAGAUGCUGGUGCAAAGCAUAAGGUCAAAUCAAAUUUUUUAGGUCAGGACAUAACCAUAGAUAUGAUCCUGAGAAGCUCUAGCCGUUUCAAGAAGGCUAAGGUUAUGGCUGCUCAAUGUCAAGAUGAAGAAAGUCAGCCUGUUGAUGUUGUCCCUGAUAGUCUAGCAGACACUUGGAACCAAUAACUCUCCUCUCCUUGGUUACAGGUGAACUGAACCCAAAUUUUGGUACAAAAUCACCCGUCCAUAGCACCUUCCUCCCUCUUUAAUCGUACUGUCACCUUGGGCUUUCCAAAGCAACAAGAAAAAGAAAAACAAGGAGAAAAGUGUUUUUUUUUGCUUGUAUGUACUUAUGUAUUACUAUCAUUAAUUAAAGGUUAAUCAAGAGUACAUUGUACACCGAUUUAUAUCCAUGCACAUGACGUGAUUUUUGGUUC